CGCUCUAUUAGCUGCGGUUGGGGCUCGGGACCGGCUGCCAUCUUAGUCGAGGGAGUGAAGAGUCGUCGCCGCCCCGAGUCCUGGUAACAUGCAUUUAGCAGUGGCCUUCUGGAGACAGCGCCUUAACCCCAAGAAGUGACUCAAACGGUGAAAACUUCAGGUAUUGUGGCAUGCCUGUGAGAGAGUUUGGGGACAGUGAUGAUGCAGAGGGUUUGCUGUUUUGGUGGUGGUAUGACUGACAGUCGAUCACAGCUUGGUUCAAUGGGUAGCCUGACCAUGAAAUCACAACUUCAGAUUACUGUCAUUUCCGCAAAACUUAAAGAAAAUAAAAAGAAUUGGUUUGGACCAAGUCCUUACGUUGAAGUCACAGUAGAUGGACAGUCAAAGAAAACAGAAAAAUGCAACAAUACGAACAGUCCCAAAUGGAAGCAACCUCUCACAGUCAUCGUCACCCCUGUGAGUAAAUUACAUUUUCGUGUGUGGAGUCACCAGACGCUGAAAUCUGAUGUUUUGUUGGGAACGGCUGCAUUAGAUAUCUAUGAAACAUUGAAGUCAAAUAAUAUGAAACUUGAGGAAGUAGUUGUCACUUUACAGCUUGUAGGUGACAAAGAACCAACAGAAACGAUAGGAGAUUUGUCAGUUUGCCUUGAUGGGCUACAGUUAGAGUCUGAAGUUGUUACUAAUGGUGAAACUUCAUGUUCAGAAAGUGCUUCACAGAAUGAUGAUGGCUCCAGACCCAAGGAUGAAACAAGAGUGAACACAAAUGGAUCAGAUGACCUUGAGGAUGCAGGGUCUGGUGACAGUAGGAGGGUCAAUGGGAAUAAUUCUCCUUCACUCUCAAAUGGCGGUUUUAAACCUUCUAGGCCUCCAAGACCUUCACGACCACCUCCACCUACCCCACGUAGACCAGCAUCUGUCAAUGGCUCACCAUCUGCCACUUCUGAAAGUGAUGGCUCUAGUACAGGCUCUCUGCCACCAACGAAUACAAAUUCAAAUACAUCUGAAGGAGCAACAUCUGGAUUAAUAAUUCCUCUUACUAUUUCUGGAGGCUCAGGCCCUAGGCCAUUAAAUCCUGUACCUCAAGCUCCCCUUCCACCUGGUUGGGAGCAGAGAGUGGACCAGCAUGGACGAGUUUACUACGUAGAUCAUAUUGAAAAGAGAACUACUUGGGAUAGACCAGAACCUCUACCUCCUGGCUGGGAACGACGGGUUGACAACAUGGGACGUAUUUAUUAUGUUGACCAUUUCACAAGAACCACGACUUGGCAGAGGCCAACAUUGGAAUCCGUCCGGAACUAUGAACAAUGGCAGCUCCAACGUAGUCAACUUCAAGGAGCUAUGCAGCAGUUUAACCAGAGAUUUAUUUAUGGGAAUCAAGAUUUGUUCGCUACAUCACAAAAUAAAGAAUUUGAUCCCCUUGGUCCCUUGCCACCUGGAUGGGAGAAGAGAACGGACAGCAAUGGUAGAGUAUAUUUUGUCAACCACAACACUCGUAUUACACAGUGGGAAGAUCCCAGAAAUCAAGGUCAAUUAAAUGAAAAGCCCUUACCUGAAGGCUGGGAAAUGAGAUUCACAGUAGAUGGAAUUCCAUAUUUUGUGGACCACAAUAGAAGAACGACUACCUAUAUAGAUCCCCGAACUGGAAAAUCUGCCUUAGACAAUGGACCCCAGAUAGCCUACGUACGGGACUUCAAGGCAAAGGUUCAGUACUUCCGGUUCUGGUGUCAGCAACUGGCCAUGCCACAGCACAUAAAGAUUACAGUGACAAGAAAAACAUUGUUUGAGGAUUCCUUUCAGCAGAUAAUGAGCUUCAGUCCCCAAGAUCUGCGAAGACGUUUGUGGGUGAUUUUUCCAGGAGAAGAAGGUUUAGAUUAUGGAGGUGUAGCAAGAGAAUGGUUCUUUCUUUUGUCACAUGAGGUGUUGAACCCAAUGUAUUGCCUGUUUGAAUAUGCAGGAAAGGAUAACUACUGCUUGCAGAUAAACCCUGCUUCUUACAUCAAUCCAGAUCACCUGAAAUAUUUUCGUUUUAUUGGCAGGUUUAUUGCUAUGGCUCUAUUCCAUGGGAAAUUCAUAGACACAGGUUUUUCUUUGCCAUUCUAUAAGCGUAUCUUGAACAAACCAGUUGGACUCAAGGAUUUAGAAUCUAUUGAUCCAGAAUUUUAUAAUUCUCUCAUCUGGGUUAAAGAAAACAAUAUUGAGGAAUGUGGUUUGGAAAUGUAUUUCUCCGUUGAUAAAGAAAUUUUAGGUGAAAUCAAGAGUCAUGAUUUGAAACCCAAUGGUGGCAAUAUUCUUGUAACAGAAGAAAAUAAAGAGGAAUACAUCAGAAUGGUAGCUGAAUGGAGGUUGUCUCGUGGUGUUGAAGAACAGACACAAGCUUUUUUUGAGGGUUUUAAUGAAAUCCUUCCCCAACAGUAUUUGCAGUACUUUGAUGCAAAGGAAUUGGAGGUCCUUUUAUGUGGAAUGCAAGAGAUUGAUUUGAAUGACUGGCAAAGACAUGCCAUCUACCGUCAUUACACUAGGACAAGCAAACAAAUCAUGUGGUUUUGGCAGUUUGUUAAAGAAAUUGAUAAUGAGAAGAGAAUGAGACUUUUGCAGUUUGUUACUGGAACCUGCCGAUUGCCAGUUGGAGGAUUCGCUGACCUCAUGGGGAGCAAUGGACCACAGAAAUUCUGCAUUGAAAAAGUUGGGAAAGAAAAUUGGUUGCCUAGAAGUCAUACCUGUUUUAACCGCCUGGACCUGCCACCCUACAAGAGUUAUGAGCAACUGAAAGAAAAGCUAUUAUUUGCUAUUGAAGAAACAGAAGGAUUUGGACAAGAGUGACUUCUGAGAACUUGUACCACCAAAGGACAAGAACUUAACUUGCAGUGUUUGUCCUUUUUCUUCUUUGCCUAUUGUACAUCUUAUAAAAUUGGACUGUGACUGUUGAGAGAGUUAUCUUGAGUGUAAGUAAAUUAAUGUUAUCAUUGAGAUUUCUCUCCCAGUGAUUCUGGAUAUCUUAACAUUUCCAGAAAUCAGAUCUGCAAAUGACUAGUCAAAACUUAACAUGAGAUUAACACAGCAAUGAAAUCUGCCUUGUCUUAUUCCACUAGAUUGUUUUCCUUAACAAUUAUGUAUAUGUGUAUCAGAAGUCUCACUUGGGGAGUGAGUUUUUUUCUUUUAGAGAUUCUUCAGAUAUGCAAGGAAGUCCCUUGGUAACUAAAAUAUAUAAGAUCUUCUUAUUAAGCCUCAUGUUAAGAGAUACUUGUUUGAAGUAGCCCAACUUCUGGGGAUGUGAACAAACUUCUGGCUUGUGCUCUUCCUCUUAUUUCAGCCUGGCCUGACUGUUUUUCUUCCUUUCUGGAGCAUGAAUCCAUACAUCAUUUUGAUGUUAUCCUUAGAAAGGACAGAUGCUAGAUUCUUGUAGUUUUGUUAACUUGAAUUCAGGGAGAAGUUGGUCCCAGCCUGCAAAUGACUUCAUAACUCUCUUCAUUUGGGAAUCUGAUUGUUUUAAUUGCCUUGGAAAUACUAAACUUUACAAAUAAUGAUAACACUGUGCUCCCUUCACUAUAUAAAAUUUAACCUAGAUUUGGAAUUAAUUUAACUGAUUUCAUCAGAGGCCAUCAUUGAUAAUUUUUGUAUGUUCCUAUACAUAAAUUGCAUCUUCAUGAUUUUAUCAUAAUCCAACAACUUCAGUUAUAUUUAAUUAUUGUUAAGGAGUUCAGGCUAUAACUAGAAUGCUUUCUAAAAUGUUUUCAAAUCCAAGUAGAGGUCAGUGAAACAGCCCAUAAAAUUAUACUUUCAUUAGGGAGGGAGAGCUGUGGUAUUAGCUAAAAAGACAGGAGUCAUACAUUUACUCUCAAUACAUUUCUAGUAACCACAGAAAUGUAUUCUCUAUGUGAAUUAAAACUUCAGAUUUAUCAUUUUUCUGACGUAUGUUAGAAUAGUUUUUUCCAUUCUUUCUAUUGUCCUGAUUUGAAUAUUCUCUUCACCUCUAAAAACUUUAACAGGUUUUCCCCUUAACUAUUUAAUAAUAGAUUGCCCCAUUAGUAACUGAUUAAUGCACUUUGACCUUCUCUGUAGUAAUUCUUUUAACUUAGCCUAGCUUUGACUCUGUCAAGAUGGCUGCUGUCAGAGGUUUGACAUUAUGGACACUGGGAGGAAGCCUAAGCCAGCUGAGUGCCUGUCAUAGCUGAAUCUUGAUUUGAGGGUGGCCUCAUAACUCAUGAAAUAGGGACUUUGGCAGAUUUCAGUAGCAUUGCAUGAACAAGUAGUAUUGAGACAAAAAUAAUCAGAGAGUAACAAACCCCUGUUCCAUGUGGAAAGAAAAAAAAAUUAUUUUUGUCCUUAGCUACUCUUGCUUUUACAUCUUGGAACAACAACAAGAACAUUUUUAAACUUGUGUAUCUGUACUUUAAAACACUGCCAUCAAAAAGCAGACUUAAUGUAAAAGGGUUGCCUCAUCCAGAAAUUGUUGGUGUAAAGGGGGGAGAUUGGGGUCUCCCCAGUCCUAUCUUUAUUUUUAUUUUAUCCUACAUAUGCUAGGAAAUGUGGUAUGGUCUCUUAAAAGCCCUAUUUGUCUUCAGAGUAGCAACCCUGCCUUUUUGUUGUGGAGGGGGAAAGCUAUUGCUUUGUCUUACAGAGCAAACGUCUGCCAACUGCCCCUUUGUUACAUAAGUCUGAACUUUGGUAAUAUGUGACUAUGGAGAUUAAGCCUUCUGUAAAGACUUCUUAUUGAGGUGAAUGCUCAUAUUGAAAUGUAGUUACCUACAAUAUUUACUAGAGAUUUAUGAGAUUAAAUUAAGAGAUAAUGUAAGAAAGUAGACUUUUUUGUUCUACAUAAUGCUUGAUGAUUCAUUUAGGGACCUAGAAAUAUUGUGUGAAAAUGUAUAAAUAUCACCCAAAAGGCUUUCUGCCCUAUAUUUUUAAAAUACAGAAUAGUUAUAUUUGAAGUAGUCCCGGCCCUAGUUCUAUAGGGCUUGGCUAUUUAAUAUUUUUAUGGAAGAAACGUUUAGUUCUGGAAAAGGUAAAUGCUUGUAUAUAUUUUUGCAGCCUGGGAUCUCCCUUAUUCCAUUUCUUCCUUUAAUUUAAAUGGCCACAUGUAUAUGUCUCUCCCUGCUGUGUUAGGAAAAUGGGGGCUGGAUAUCCCAAGAAUCAGAGGUUAUAUAAAAAUAAUGCAAAUAGACAGUGGACAUAAAUAUCUAUCAAAUGCUAUCUUAAAUUUUGGUCCAAACUGAACAUUUGGAAAUAGAUUUAUUGUAAGUGUUUAAUUAGAGCGAUUUCUUAAAUCUGAGCUAAAUUGCUUUUAGAGUCCUUUUUCUUUGUAAGCAUUGUAAAUGCUAAUAAAUCCUGUUAAUUUUUUUACUGCAUGUUAUGUUGAAAUAAAAACAAAGUAAAAUGAGCAAUUGCCUUAUUCUUCUGCUCUUUUGGGAGGUUGGGGAAGGUAUCGUUUCACAUACCAUGGGUCAGCAGGGAAGGACAUCACUUGAUUCAUCAAAUAGAGUGAUUUAAAACUGAUCCAGCAUCUGAUAAUAACAAUGAAUUCUUGUAAUAAUUAUUUUAUGCUAUAUGAGAGUGCAGAAGAAUCUAAUUUCAUAAGACUUACAAUAACUCUAUUUAAAAUUCAGGUACUAAUUUUUCACCAGGAAAUUGACACACCAAUAUCAGUUUAUCAGAAAUUUUAGUGAAGCAUGACUCAGCUGUCCACCAAGGUCUCAUCCUAGAUGAACUAUUUCAUUGAAGCCCACUCUGCCACUUUUUAUUUAUCUGAUUAAUAGUCUGAAAUGUUAUUUGGAAUGACUCAUGGAAAUUAGACUUCUGUUUUUAUAUCCUUCCUUGUUUUUAAACUCCUUUAGGUUAACUACUGCUAUUUAAUAUUGUUGGCAUCUCCAGCCCCCCUCAUUUUUUUUAGAGUUAUUUACAAAAUUAUUUGUAUAUAUGCUAUGCUUUCUUAACUAAAAAUGGGAUUGCAGCACUGGAUUGUAUAUUAUUGUAUUGGAGUUCCUUUGUUUUCUUGAACUGUAAUAGCAAAUACUCAGGUAACUACAAAUUUCACAAGGAGUCAAGUGCUCUUAUAAGGUCCUUCAGGGGAUGCCUCGCUUGCAUUUCUUUAAAAGAUGUAAGACUGUUUACAAUUAAACUUUUUGGUCCUUCA